ACCAUAGUUGACAGGGUUCUAUACGGAUCCUGUGGUCCAUAGACCGAGUCAGUAGGUCUUGUCAGUUAGGGGGAGAGUCGAAGUGGUGAGGAGUGGAACCGCCGUUGGGUUGUGCAUCUUUCACCAUGGUUGACACGCGUAGUGGCACGAGUACCACCCCCUAUAUGCCCGAACAGGAAGCCAAGGCCGCCGCCGCCCUGAAGGAGAGAAGAGAAAGGAAGGAGGCCAAGAAGAAGGCCUUGUUAGAAGAGCAGGCAGCCAAGCUGAAAAAGAUCGAGGAGGAGAUGGCUAGAGGGAAAGAGAGGCUAAAGAGAGAAGAGGAAGCGAACCCCAAGGCGGUAGAAGAAGACGAAGAGGAGGAAGAACAGCCACUGGAAAGGCAAAGGGCAGGAGGAAGAGGUGAGUCCAGUGGCACAAAAGAAGAUUUAAUGGAAAAGAAGAUUACAGAGUGGGUUGCUGGAUUAUCCAUGGGAGAAGUUGAGGAGGCCUUAAUGUAUGUGCCCAGGGAAGAACAGGAGGUGGCCGUGAAAGAGUGGGAUGCUGAAGAAGAUCCACUCAAGCGGCAGGUGUUGGAAGAUGAGAAAAGGAUGGAGUGGAAGUUUCGUUUGACAAGGGAAAGGAAAAGAAGGAUGGAGGCGGCGAACCAAGCGGCGAAAGAGUUGGAGGAGAUAAAGAAACAAAGAGACCAAAUGGUGACGCAGGUGGAUUUACUAGGGAAGAUGGAAAUUAUGGCGAGAAACAUAGAGCGCCUGGCACAAGUCCAGGAAGAACAAUUUUUAUUUGGUAGAAGUCAAGACAUUGUCGUGCGUUCUAUACGAUUAGGACUCAUGGACUUUGCACGGGAAUUGGCGACUCAGGUGGGUUCCGAAGUGAGGGCCCGCCUAGAAGGCACAGAGCGAUACUGCACAGGCGCCAUAGAAGGCGCCAAACUGACCGCUCCCAAAUCGGAGGAAGCACGUCCCCGUAGGGAGCCUGUCAAAAGUCAAAUUUCCCGAUUCCUACAGUGGGAAGGAGGAAAACUUUGACAAUUGGGAGGCCAAUGUUAAGACCUACGUGCAUCUGCAAAAGGUCUCCCCAGA